GAUUCUGUCCACUAUAAAUCGUGAUUAAUGAAGAAUUUAGGGUUCAGCUCUUUAUCGCCGUGCUUUGUUUCUCUGCAAGUUUCGAACAUUCCUCAUCCGAUCUUCAGAAAUGACAAAGAGGACAAAGAAGGCCGGCAUUGUCGGAAAGUAUGGUACCCGUUAUGGUGCUAGUCUGCGUAAACAGAUCAAGAAAAUGGAAGUCAGCCAGCACAGCAAGUAUUUCUGUGAGUUUUGUGGGAAGUAUGCUGUGAAGAGAAAGGCAGUUGGAAUCUGGGGUUGCAAGGAUUGUGGGAAAGUGAAAGCAGGGGGUGCAUACACAUUGAAUACUGCAAGUGCUGUUACAGUUAGGAGCACAAUUCGAAGGCUGAGGGAGCAAACUGAGAGUUAAGUAGAAGGUUCAUCAAUGUUAAGGUCUUUCAUUUACCCUUUUAUUGUAUUAGAUCCUGAGAGAGUUUUGUUGAGUUAUUCAUGACAUGUAUUUUGUUUCAAGUAUUUUGGUUUUAUAAAUCAUGCAAAGACAUUUAGAGUUUUGGAUGUGGAUUUUGCAUUUCA